AUGACAACGGUGUUCGUCCACCUGCGCCGUGUGGUGUACCUGUUGGUACUUCUGCAGUGUUGUACAACCGUGAGCCAGGCACAACCCGCACGGGAUGGGGAGUUUUUGGUGGCAAAGAAGGCGGUGGAUCGGUCGGUAAGGGAAACAAAACAAAGUCUUGAGGACGUGGAGGCCUGUCUGUAUUUAUGGGAGACCCAACUGCCGUUGUGUGUGGGGAAAUGCGGGGAAGUUAAAAAACUAAGGGGGGAAAUCGGGAUUCUUACAGGUGAAAUCAAGAGUAAGAUAGGUGGUGUGGGGAAAGUGGUCCCCAAAGAACCGCUUGAAGAACCGUUGGUUGGGUUGGUGGACAAAGCCAAGAAAAUGAUACCGGUGGCCGGUGAAGCCGCCCGCGGUUGUAGUGAUCCGGUUAAUAAAACCAAGUUGAGGGAGAAGAUGUGCGGGGUCUUCCAGCAAAACCUGGCGCCUGUCGUGCCUUUGUUUUUGCAACAUCUGCAAUAUUACGAAAGCGAGAAGUCGAACGCGGCCAAUCAGGAAGAGGCCGAGGAGUUUUUCAAGACCAGUUACGCAUUGUACUAUAGGGCGAACAAUGUCACGGAAAAAAUCAAAAAUAAGACCAAUGACCUUCGUCUUUGCAACACUUUCGGGGACCACGAUUGGAUGGAUUUGAGGAAAGAGGUGGGGGAGUUGGCAACGUUGAUCGGGAAUCACGAUGGGACGGCUCUCGGGGACAAAGAGAAUGCCGCGUGGGAAGCGCUGGCGGGUGAAAAAGAAAAGAGAAGGGUCGUACAAAGGAAUAGGGACAGGGAGAUAAGGGAUGCCGAUGAUGUGAAAGUGGUGAAUGUGAAGAAAGGGAACGAAAGUGGUUUCGGCGUGAAUGAUGUUGCGAGGUACUUUAACAGGGACAACGCAACUCUCCUUGUGGAUCGACCUAGAGAAUUGCAGGAGGACAUUAAAGCAUUUAAGAAGGAGUUCGAGGUGGUAAAGGUAGAAGCGGAAAGGGCAAGGAUACUGGCUGAAGAAAGAGCCAGACAGCAGGAGAGGGAGAGACAGUUGGCUGCGGAGAAGGCGAAGAGGGAGAGGGAGGCGGCCGAGAGGGAGAGAGAAAAGAAGGAGAGAGAAGCAGCCGAGGAAGCCAAAAGGGUGAAGGAGGCGGCCGAGAAGGCGAAGAGGGAGAGAGAAAAGAAGGAAAGAAAAGCUGCCGAGGAAGCCAAGAGGGUGGAGGAGGCGGCCGAGAAGGCGAAGAGGGAGAGAGAAGAGAAGGAGAGACAAGCAGCAGCCGUGGCUGAGGCAAAGAAAAAGAGAGAUGACAGCAACAGUCCUGCAUUGGUGCACAGUUCCUUGAUUCUUCUUCUGCUCACUGUAAUGGGUUGCACUCUCGUGUGGUAA